UGCCCCCGGCCAACUUCUGCAGCCUUUCUGAGUGACGCGUUCCCGCCUAUAGAGGGGGCGCCGGCCUGGGACCGCUAACCUCCGCCUGAGCUCCAGGCCCAGCGUUGCCAGCGCCGUGCUUCUUUGAUCGGCCGGGAAGGACUCUUAAUCCAAGCGCUUCCAGCCCCCGUCGGGGUCCAGGGCCCUCCCGAGGUUUGGACGCUCAGGCCAGACCUUGAAUACCCUGAAGGAGCUUUAAGCCGCUCCUCCACCCCAUCACCACUGUCUCCGUGGCAGAACCCAAGCCAGCUGGAUAGCCAGGGCGUCUGGAGCUUGUUCCGUCCCCCUCAGAUCCAGCUGAAGGCGUGGGGCUUCUGCCUGCCAUGCUCUGCAUGGGCAAUCCUAUAUAAGUCCCAGUUGGCCUAGAACUCAACCAGGGCCUUAGUCUGGGGUCGCCCAGGAGGCUCCUGGUAACAAAUAGCCCCUCCCCUUCUGUGUGCUGGUAACCAUGGCAACGGUAGAGUCCUUCCCUCCUCAGGCCUGCUUAGAGCUCAGGCCUCAGCUUCCCAAGAACAUUGAUCAUCGAGAAUGGCCCCCGAGUCUGGCCACAAGGGUCAGGGAGCUGAGGAGGAGGCACUCCCAUCCCUGGCAGAUCAACACCUGGUCAGUGGUGACCUGGAACCUCCAGCUGGCACACCUGCAGACCCUACAGUUCACACAUGCCUGCAGGACACCGAGCCCCACCCCACACGGGUGGUCCAUCCUGUCAACUUACAGGUGGUCCCAGAGUCCUUAGACCCCUGCACUCUGAGGCUGCUGUGGGGGCAGCGAGAGCUGGAGAUCCAGGCCUUGCGCUGGGCCAUCCAAAAUGGCCAGAGUGCCCAGCACUGUCGCAUUCUCCAGGAGGUGGUAGGCCUCCCCACCGAGAGGAGCUUCUGCAGUCAGGAAAAGUUCUUCCAGAAUCAGAUCCAGAAGCUGUCCUUGGAGCUAAAAGAGCAGAAGGAACAAGCCCAGAGGGAGAAAAAAAACCUGGAAGAGCAGCUUCUGCAGGCCAGGCACACCAUGCAGCAGCUGGAGGCUGAGUUGGAGACCUUCAAGAAAUCCUGCCUCUUGAAGUUGGCCCAGUCCUCCUGGGUGGGCCGGAUGCUGCGAUCCCAGACUGGCAGUGUGGAGGUGGUGACUGCAGAGACCCUAAUGGACCCCAGUGACCUUUCUGAUGAUCAGGCCCCUGCUACUGGGGAGAGUUUCCGGCUGGAGGAUGUGGACUGGAACAGCAUUGCCCAUCGGUACCCCAACCUCUUCACCAAGAUGGAAUCCAGCUCCGGGCACAAGCAGCCCUUGCCAUCCUCAUCGCUGGACAAAUGGAGCUUGGAGUCCCCUGGCAAGCAUGUGGAAGGGUGUCACAAGAAUGUCGAGUGGAGCUCCCUGCCCUGGAUGGGCACCAGCAGCUCAGGGGGUGCCGACUCUGACUCCAGCAGCAGCCUGCUGGGCAUGCCUUUCCGUGUGCAGAAGGUGAUAGGUCACCCGCCCCGGGCCAGGAGCUUCAGCAGAGACUCAUCCCUGGGUCUGGAAGAUUUCCAGAAAAGCCACUUAGACCAGCCCAGCAAGACCGUCCUGGUGCUCCAGCCCCACACAGACCCCAAUGAUCAGGGGCUCCAGCCCCACACAGACACCAACGACCAGGGGCUCCAGCCCCACACAGACCCCAACGACCCGGGGCUCCAGCAGAGUGCUCCUCCGCGUCCCAGCCCGCACUACUGCAGCCUGAAGAUUGUAGCUGUGAGCCGCCGAGAGAAGUUUGUCCGCAUUCUCAACCAGUCGCUGGAGGGGACAGUCGACCUGGGCGGCCUGGUGCUGAAGCAGCUGGUGUGCGACUUCCCGGUGUGCAUGUACCGCUUCCCGUCCGGCACACUGCUGGCGCCGCAGCACCACGUCACGGUAUGGGGCGAGGGUUCCAGCAGCGCCAAGAAGCAGCCGCGCUUGUCCUCGGGCUACGAGCCCGUCCACUUCCACUCCAGCAAGGGCUGUGUGACACUCCUUCUGGACCCCACGGGCAAAGUCCUCAGUGAGUACCGGGUCCCACACUAUGUGACCCCGAUCUCGGGGAUCUUUGCCGACAACACCGACUUGUCCAUCGAUUGCUUCCCGCUCUCUGAGGCUCACCCCAGCGUCCACACGCGCGAGAAGCCGCGCCGGCCUCGAUCCCUGCGCAAGGCCCGGCGGGGCAUCUUGCCGCUUCUGAGCACCAGCAAGUUCUUCCACCCGCGAGAGGCACUAGGGCGGCCCGAGGGCGCAAAGCCCAAGACGCCGGAGCUCCUACCCGCCAUCCCAGAGGCCGGGCCGGGCCCCGAGGACUGCCAGGUCCAGAAGGAGCUCAAGGUCCAAGUGAGUGCGCGCGAGUGUGCUGGACGCCGGGUUUCUGCCCGGCGCGUCCCUGCCCCGCCAGGCUCCUCCCUAACUUAUCCACGGCCUGCCUGCAGCUCCUUCGCUGCCCCGCUAGCUCCCGGCCUCUUCGGGCUCCUCCCGCUCCUCUCCUCCCAGCCCCACCCCACCCAGCUCCCUCCUCUGAACUCUCAGCCCCUCCCCGCCCCUACCCCACCUUGUCCCGCCUGGCGCGCUCUCAGGGCCCCGCGCUACCCAGGUGUGCCGGAAGAGCGUGGAUCGGGGCUGCCCGAUGGUGGCGCUGUCAGUGCAGCGCACCGCAGAGAGCAGAUACGGCUUCCGCUUUCUCAGCUGCCUGCCGGUCACUGUGGACGCGUGCCGACGGGUGUAGGGGCGCGGGAGAGGACAGCAGAGGGAGUGUGUGGGGCUAGGCAGGCACUGCCAGCUGCAUAAUUUAUUGAACCAACUUUGCCUACAAAGUAAACCACAUUCUGUACA